GAAGAACACGCUGAGCCCCGAGGAGUACAUCUAUGGCGCCCUCACCAUCUACACGGACAUCAUCUACAUCUUCACCUUCAUCCUGCAGAUUGUGGCUUCUGUUUUCUGUGUGAGCCUCGACCCCAAGACCAACACGCUGGCGGUGACGGGCGGGGAGGAUGACAAGGCCUUUGUGUGGCGCGUGAGCGACGGAGAGCUCCUGUUCGAAUGCUCAGGACACAAGGACUCGGUCACCUGUGCUGGCUUCAGUCACGACUCCGUGUUUGUGGCCACGGGUGACAUGUCUGGGCUUAUCAAAGUGUGGCGGGUGGAGGCCAAGGAAGAAGUGUGGUCCUUCGAGGUGGGGGACUUGGAGGCUGAUGGCAACUCCUGGAUGUGGAAGAUCCCCAGCGGAGACUGCAAAACCUUCCAGGGCCCUGCGUGCCCGGCCACGUGUGGCAGGAGCCUGCCUGAUGGGAAGCGAGCGGUGGUGGGGUACGAGGAUGGGACCAUGCGCAUCUGGGACCUGAAGCAGGGAACCUCGCUGCAUGUCCUGAAAGGCCAGGACGGCCACCAGGACCCCUUGACGUGUGUGGCCAGCAACCAGGAUGGCAGUUUGAUCAUGACGGGCUCUGUGGACUGUCACGCCAAGCUGGUCAACUCCGCCACGGGCAAGGUGGUGUGCGUGUUCAAGAUGGAGAGCGUGGCCCCCAAGGCCCCCGCCGGCGAGGGUGAGGAGGCGGAGUCCAACUCAGUGGAGUCGCUGGGCUUCUGUAAUGUGAUGCCGCUGGCCGCUGUGGGCUACCUGGAUGGCACGCUGGCUAUCUACGACCUCUCUACACAGAGCUUGAGGCAUAAGUGCCAACACGAGUCGGGGAUUGUGCAGUUGCUGUGGGAGGAGAGCUCGGCCGUGGUGUACACCUGCAGCCUGGAUGGGGCCGUGCGGCUCUGGGAUGCCCGCUCGGGGAAGAUGAUCAGCGAGUACCGAGGGCACUCAGCUGAAAUCCUCGACUUCGCCGUCAACAAGGAUGCCUCCAUUGUGGUGACGACCUCUGGCGACCACCAAGCCAAAGUGUUCUGCGUCCAGCGCCCCGAUCGCUAGGAACUGUGCUGAGGGACAGUGUCCUGGCUCUGCCAGGUGGCUCGUGUACAGAGGGAUGAGGGAGAAGGGUUUCACCACCCUUCUCCAGUGCGUGCUUUGUAAUUUUCCAGCCUGCCCUGCUUUGCCCUCACCAUCUGGGGGCCAAGCCUGGGGUUUUGUAUGAAAAUGUCUUAUAAUUAUAUAAAUUAUUUCACUUAACUGGAUGCUAUCCACUCUGCUUGUUGGGGGGAAAAGGACCUGGGGAGCUGUGCUCCCUCCCUCCUCAGGGAUCUCCCCAGCAUCCAACCACAGCCUGAGGGUCAAUGGCAGACGGUUUUAUGCUGGUCUGGGUGGAGGCAGAGACCCCCAUCCUGGCUCUCCCUGUUCAGGGGAAUGAGGGGGAAGGGUGCAGAUUGCUAGCCAAAGGUAGGAGAAUCCUGCUUUGUGCAGCCCAGGAGGUCACUAACACAACAGACUACUCCUAGACCUGGGCACAGCACCCCCACUUCAGCCCCCAAGACAGAGAUCACCAGAAGUAACUUGCUCCGGGAUACAGUGAUUAUCCCCCUUGCGCCUGUGACUCCAACCACCCCUUCCAGGGUGAGGCCACACGCAUUGACAAGCAGAAGCCCCACAGCCCCUUAAGAUAGAAAGAUCUCCUUUAUUCAUGAACCCCAACAGUAUUUCUUCAGAUACAGGAGUUUUGAACUCAAAUACUCAGAAGAAAACAAGUUAAUAUUGCAUUAUUCUCAUAAGAAAUACUGCAACUUACUUAUUUCUGGUAACAUAUUGCAAAGCGAAACAGCUUGAAAAGAAAAAAAAAAUUAAAAAAGAAAAGAAAUUAA